UUAGCAACAGAAUCUAUUUUUUUGCUUCAUGAAAUAUUUUAUCAAAUUGUUUUAUACAAAAAGUGAUCUUUGAAUUUGUUUCCAAAAUAAUCUUUGAAACUAUAGUUAAAAAGAAAAAUGAAUAGAAAGAAAUGUUUACUCUUCACUGUAGACAUUGCACUGUAAAAAAAAGGGCAGAGUAAUAAGCGCUCAAAAAAGGUUUAUGCCUAAAAAAAUCGUUUAUUAAAGUAUUCUACCCGUUGAUCAACCCUUUUUCCUUGAAAUACCCAUAGAGGGUUUGUUAUACGUUGCAAAAUGAUAAACCCUUGGGUUUAUUCUCCAUUGAUAAACCCUUUUUCCAUUGAUCAAUUCCAUCAACCCUCAAACACAGAGUUUAUCGUCACUUAUAAGAAACCCUCCAAUUCAGGGUUGAUGGAAUCGAUCAAUGGAAAAAGGGUUUAUCAACGGGUAGAAUACUUUAAUAAACGAUUUUUUUAGUCAUAAACCUUUUUUGAGGGUUUAUUACUCUGCCCUUUUUUUACAGUGCGGAAUAAACAACGAUAUUAGAAAUCCUAUCAUAUAACCGUAAACAUUUUGCUUUUCACAUCUUUAUUUUGAGAACAGUUUGUAUCAUUAGCUAUUGUUCUAUUGCACUAUCGUGUUCAGCAAGAACAAUUUUCCAAAUUGUUGAUAUUAAUUAUGCGAUGGUUGGAAGAGUCAAUGUUAUAUUAUAAUAUAGACGAAUUUUUAUACAAAUUUUUGUUUCUUUAGGAAAUGUUCCAUCUAUAACUCAAGCAAUGUAUUCUUCUACCUUAACACACAAUUACGAAAUAUUUUCACGUGAAUUGUAUGAUUUUUCUCAAGCUUAUUACUAUGAAGCCAUACAGGUAAAUGUGAGUAAGAAUGGCUUUUAUAUUCUGACUGGUAACAGUAGUAUUGGGCUAGAUGGUUUUAUGUAUAAAGAUCAUUUUCAUCGCUUUGAUCUUUUAAAAAAUUUAAUUGCAUGUAACAUAACCUACCAACAAACAACGGGUGGUGCCAUGGGUUCAUCAUUCACUUUAACAUUAGCCAAUAUAUUUAUGUGGAACUGGCAAAAAGAGUUCGUUCGUCAACAUGAUGUCACCGGUGACCUCUUUGGCAGUAUACUUUAUAAAUAUAUUGAUGAUAUUUUUAUGACUUGGAAUCGAUCUGAAAGAGAACUAAGGAAGUUAUUACAUGGAGCUAGUCGACGGCAUUCAAAUAUUCAGUUAGAUUACAAAAUUGGCCGAAGUCUUCCAUUUCUUGAUGUGCUCUUAACAAAUAACAAUGGUAUUCUUUCAACAUCUGUUUAUCAUAAGCCAUCUGCUCAACCAGACCUAGUACCAUUCAGUUUUGAUCAUCAUCCAUACGUACAUGCAAAUGUUAUUCGAACUGUACUGGGUCGAGCUAUUCAAUAUUCAUCAGAUAUGAAAACAUUUAAUUAUGAAAACAGUCAAAUAGAACUUAUGUUAUUAUAUAAUGGGUGCGUAUUUAGCUCAUGA